GUUUUUGUUUCAAUUCCAAUACGUACCACGCGCAAUUGGGUCACACUAAAAGCGUGUUGUUUUUCGCUACCAGCAGCAGAAGCCGCCACCGCCAGCAGCAGCAGUUUGCAGUUUGCCCGCAAAAUCGGUAAACUCAAUUUGGAUUUAGCUAAAGCAAAUUCCGACUUUGAGCAGCAUUUGUGCGAAGAGACUUGCCACCUCAAUACGCUCGUCUCAUCGAAGCAGUUCGUCAAAGUGCAAAAGCAGUUUUAUCGCGACUAUUCGGACGUAUCGUUGGGCGCUCCAUUGAAAACCAGCGACGCGCCGCUUUUGGGCGAUCUUUGCAGUCGCUAUCGUGCCAUACUCGAGCAUACAUCGGCCGACGUUGGAGUCAGACGAGGUGAAGAAGACGCAAAGGAUUCGAACGGUCAGCAGAGAAGAUUAAUACACAGCUGUUGUGCACAUCGCAAUCAGAGGGGAAAAGGAGGACUCAUCAUUAUGGAGAAGGACGAAGAAUUUUCGCGAUUGCCAACCAACGUGGUGCCGACGCAUUAUGAGCUUACGCUGCAGCCAGAUUUGACGGCUUUCAGUUUUACGGGCAAGACAAUCGUGCAGAUCAAAGUCACAGAGCCAACGGCACGCAUCACCCUCAAUGCCCUGGACAUCACCAUCGAUAGCGCAGAGUUUCAAUAUGAGUGCGUUAAGCUCAAGUCGGAGAGCAUCGAUUACUCCAAGCAGAAUGAAACGGCGACUCUGAAAUUCACCGAAGAGAUACCAGCAGGCACUGCAGGCACCCUCUAUAUGUCGUUUACGGGCGAGCUCAACGAUAAGAUGAAGGGUUUCUAUCGCAGCAAAUACUUUACGGCCGCUGGAGAGGAACGUUACGCUGGCGUCACUCAAUUCGAGGCCACAGAUGCCCGACGCUGUUUCCCCUGCUGGGAUGAACCGGCCAUCAAGGCCACCUUUGACAUUACACUCGUGGUGCCCAAGGAUCGUGUCGCUCUCUCCAACAUGCCGGUGAUGAAGGAGGAUGAUUUGCCCGGUGAUCUGCGUCGUAUACGCUUCGAUCGUACGCCCAUUAUGUCCACCUAUCUUGUGGCCGUGGUUGUGGGUGAAUACGAUUUCGUGGAGGCCAAGUCCGAUGAUGGUGUCAUUGUGCGCGUGUUUACGCCCGUUGGCAAGAAGGAGCAGGGUCAGUUUGCUCUGGAUGUGGCGACCAAGGUGCUGCCGUAUUAUAAGAGCUAUUUCAACAUCGCGUAUCCGUUGCCCAAGAUGGAUUUGAUUGCCAUUUCCGAUUUCUCCGCUGGCGCUAUGGAGAACUGGGGACUGGUCACUUAUCGUGAGACUUUUGUGCUGGUGGAUCCCAAGAAUACGUCGCUGAUGCGCAAACAAUCGAUUGCUUUGACUGUUGGACACGAGAUUGCACAUCAAUGGUUUGGCAACUUGGUGACCAUGGAGUGGUGGACGCAUCUGUGGCUUAACGAGGGCUACGCUUCCUUUGUCGAGUUCCUGUGCGUACAUCAUCUCUUCCCCGAGUACGACAUCUGGACACAGUUUGUCACGGAUAUGUACACACGUGCGUUGGAGCUUGAUUCACUGAAGAACUCGCAUCCCAUUGAAGUGCCCGUGGGACAUCCCUCGGAGAUUGACGAGAUCUUCGAUGAAAUUAGUUAUAACAAGGGCGCCUCUGUCAUUCGUAUGCUUCACGACUACAUUGGAGAGGAUGAUUUCCGCAAGGGAAUGCAUCUGUAUUUGACACGUCAUCAGUAUAGCAACACUUCCACUGAGGAUUUGUGGCAGGCGCUUCAGGAGGCAAGCUCCAAGGAUGUGGCCGCUGUCAUGUCCAGCUGGACCAAGUACAAGGGUUUUCCGGUUGUGAGUGUCGAGUCCGAGCAGAAGAGCGAUACGCAGCGUGUGUUGCGUUUAACCCAGACCAAGUUCACUGCUGAUGGUUCGAAGGCGGACGAGGAUUGUCUUUGGGUGAUACCCAUUUCAGUAUCCACAGCACGAAAUCCCAAGCAGAUUGCAAAGACUUUCCUGCUGGACAAGGCCUCCAUGGAAGUUGUACUGGACGAUGUCAGUGCCGACGAUUGGAUCAAAAUUAAUCCCGGCACUGUGGGCUACUAUCGCACCCGUUACUCCCAUGAAAUGCUGCAGCAGCUGCUGCCCGCGGUGGAGAGCAUGGCGCUGCCACCGCUCGAUAGAUUGGGUUUGAUUGACGACAUGUUUGCCAUGGUGCAGGCGGGUCAGGCCAGCACCGUCGAGGUGCUGCAGCUGGUUGGCUCCUAUCGCAAUGAGACGAAUUACACGGUUUGGACCGCCAUCACCAAUUCGCUUGCCAAUCUCCACAUUCUGAUCUCCCACACCGAGCUCAUGAAUGACUUUAACAAGUUUGGACGAAGCCUCUACGAUCCGAUUGCCACACGUCUUGGAUGGGAGCCACGUGAGAACGAGAAUCAUUUGGAUACGCUGCUGCGCAGCCUGGUGUUGACACGUCUCGUCUCGUUCCGCAGUCCUGAAAUUACUGAGGAGGCACGCAAACGUUUCCGCAGUCAUGUCAAUGGCACCAAACCGUUGCCAGCCGAUUUACGCAGCACCUGCUACAAGGCUGUGCUGCAGGAUGGCAAUGAGGCCAUAUUUGAGGAGAUGCUAACGCUGUAUCGCUCGACGGAUCUUCACGAGGAACAGGAUCGCAUCUCGCGUGCUCUUGGCUGCAUUGGAGAUGUGAAGCUGUUGCGUCGCGUCAUUGAUUUUGCAAUGUCGGGUGAAGUGCGUGCCCAGGACUCGGUGUUUGUCAUUGUUGCUGUCGCAAUUAAUCCCAAGGGCCGUGACAUGGCCUGGGAGUUCUUCAAGGAAAACAAUCGCAAGCUGCUGGAGCAGUACCAGGGUGGCUUUCUGCUGACGCGUCUGAUCAAAUAUUUGAUUGAGAACUUUGCCUCCGAGGAGAAGGCACGCGAAGUGGAAGAUUUCUUCAAGGCCAAUUUGAUACCGGGCUGCGAACGCACUGUGUCACAGGCUGUGGAGACAAUACGCCUUAAUGCCGCUUGGCUGGAACGUGACUUGGAAAAGCUCUCCAAGUAUCUCAAGGGCGAAUAGAUGAGUCGGCGGCAUGAUGAAUACCAAAGCAUUUAGCAACAACAACUACAACACAACAAGAACCUGACCAAAGCUGUCACAACACCCCCUCUUUAAGUGAGCCAAAUAGGUUUAGCAUUAUUAAGCUGCAACUACAACUACAACAGACUCUAUACGGCAUCUCACGGCCAGCGGCAUUUAUAACCGAGUUACAAAUCAAGUUGCCCAUUCUGCAACAAAUGUGCACUUCUAAUCUUAUACUUCUACAAAGAAAAACGUUAUGUUGAAUUUAUGACGAUAAAUAAAUGCAAUUAAAUUACCAUUAA